AUUUGCGUGCAAUCUUUAUACUCAGCAAUAAAUUGAGCCAAUCUCCAUUAGAAAAUUGUACGACAAUAAUCCCGAGAAUCCCUAUACGCAGAUAUCAAAAAAUUGCUUAUCAAACUAAACAAGCAUUCGUUUACUUAGAAUAAAAAAUGUUGUCAAGUUUGAACUUGAAUUUGCUAAUUGAAGUGCUGCCAAAUCAGUAUAUUUUGCAAAGAUAAAAAAGAAAUACGUACUCUUUAAGACCAAGUCAUUUAGCUAAAAAGACGAUUUUAUUAGAAGAGAAUAAAUAUCUUAAGAAAAUUAUUUCUGUAACCUUGUGAGCUUGUUUUGUCUACUUAUUUGUAAAAAAGAAAAACGAAUCUUGGAAACGUUGUAUUGGACAACAAUGGGUGACAUACAAAUGUUAUUAGAAAUGGGAUUUCCCAAAGAAAAAGCGGAAUACGCAAUGAAAGUUACUAAUUAUAAAGGUGUAGAACCAGCGAUGGAAUGGCUAUUGGCUCACGUUGAUGAAGAUAUACCCGGAGAUGUUACUGGCAAUACGGUAGGCACCAGCGAUGCUAAUAAUGCUGCUAACACCGGCAAUGAGUCAGGUCAAGCGGAGACACCUGCCGCAGAAACUGCCACUUCCAGUUCGGCGAUUUCUCAAGCGCCUGAAGCUAAAUCACUGAAAUGUGAAGACUGCGGCAAGUUAUGUAAAGAUCAAGGAGAAUUAGAAUUUCAUGCUGCGAAAACAGGUCACAAAAAUUUUUCAGAGUCCACUGAGGAGAAAAAACCUUUAACAGAAGAGGAAAAAAAACGACAACUGGCAUUAAUAGAAGAAAAAUUAAAACAGAAACGCCUUGAACGCGAAGAACGCGAGAAGGCAGACGCUAUGGAGAGGGAACGUAAUCGCAUAAAGUCAGGCAAAGAUAUGACUGAGGCACGUAAGCGAUUAGAGGAAUUGGAAAUGAAAAAAUUAGUGGAGCAACGUAAAAAAGAAAAGGCUGAAGAAAAAGCCGCCCGUGAAAGAGUUAAAGCACAAAUUGAAGCAGACAAAGCCAGACGUAAAUUAAGCCAACAGCCACAAAUAAUGUCACCCACCGCUUCACAAGGCUUUCAAUCAGUUACUUCGACAACUCCGGCCGAACCCAGUAUCAAAACGCCAUCCAAAGAGUAUACCCAGACACGUAUACAGAUACGCUUACAGGAUGGUUCCACACUAACCGAAACUUUUAACGUCAAGGAACAAUUGUCCGCUGUACGGGUUUUUAUACAAAUGAAAACUGAAAACGAUGAACCGUUCGGAUUAAUGACAACUUUUCCUCGUAAAGUUUUUACCGCCGAAGACUAUGAUAAACCAUUAGACAUUUUGGGUCUGGUACCUUCAGCAGUUCUAAUUAUGACUAAAGCUAACGUUGCAUAGAUCGACGUAUUAUAGCGAUGUGGAGACGAUUUUUUACAUAUUUAUAUCAAUAUGUAUGCAAUCAACGAUAUAAUUGCAAAGUCUUUUUGUAAUUGAGUCAACCGUUUUUUUUUUUUUUUACUUCCAUUGUUUUGCAAUUAUUUCGGUUACGGUUUUUUUUUUUUUUUCCUCUCCUUACAUUUCUAACAAUAGUGAAAACGCAAUUUAUAUAAAUACAUAUAUAUUUAAUGUUAAAAAAAAA